AUGGGAGUGAAGGAUCUUUGGAAUAUUGUAUCGCCUUUGUGCGACAGACAGCCUAUGUUUGAACUCCAAGGGAAAACGGUAGCAAUUGAUUUGAGUUGUUGGGUUGUGGAUAGUCAAACAGUCGUAGAUAAUGCAGUUCAGCCGAAAAUGUAUUUAAGGAAUUUAUAUUUUCGUACAGCAUUCCUUCUUCUGCAAGGAAUAUGGCCAGUAUUUGUAUUAGAGGGAAAAGCACCUACUAUUAAAUAUAAUACUAUUGCCAAAAGAAAUGAUGUUCGUAAUGGAUUUCAACAAAGAACUUCUCAUAAAGGAACAAGAUCACAAUUUAACAGAAUUCUUAAGGAGUGCAAAGAAAUGCUUAUUUUCAUGGGCUUAGCCUGUGUGCAAGGACAUGGAGAAGCUGAAGCAAUGUGUGCUUAUUUAAAUGAAGAUGGACUCGUUGACGGAUGUAUAAGUCAAGACAGUGACUGUUUUUUAUAUGGAGCAAAAGUAGUUUAUAGAAAUUUUUGUACAAGUGCUCAAGGAAAUCGGGGUGGUUCAGGUGGGGCUGUAGAUAAGUACACUUUAGAAAAAAUAGAGAGGCUAUUGAAUUUAGGGAGAAAUAAAAUGAUAGCAUUAGCUCUUUUAUGUGGAUGUGAUUAUAAUGAUGGAUUGAAUGGAGUUGGUAAAGAAGCAGCAAUGAAACUUUUUAAAAUUGUAAAGGAUGAAGAUAUUCUUGAACGAAUAAAAAGUUGGAGGACAGAUAGUAGGCUAGAUCAGAAGGAAACAGAAUUACAAUGUUCAAAUUUAUGUACAUCUUGUGGUCACAAUGGUAAAGUACAAAAGCAUGCUAAAUCAGGUUGUGUAGAUUGUGGGACCGCUGUUAGGUGUAAUGAUUCUUAUAAAGAAAAAAGGGCAUUAAUAUUAAAUGAAAUUGCUUUACGGAAAAAAGCACUUCUAGCAGAAGAUUUUCCCAGUCAAGAAUUGUUAGAUGAAUUUCUGAUUAGGAAAGAUCCUGUACCUAGAAAAGUAGAUCUACAAUGGAGACAACCACAAAUAAGUAAAUUGAUAGAUUUUAUGGAACGACAUUUAUCUUGGGAACCACAGUAUGCGUUUGAAAAAGUAUUUCCUUUAGUAACACGAUGGCAACUUCUACAUUUACCGAAUAUUUCUCUUGAAGAUCGCUUAUUAAUACCCGAUUUAUUCGUACCUGAAGCGAUAAAAAAAAUUCGUAAUAUUAGAUCCGUUGCUAGUUAUGAAAUAAUGUGGCGUAUAGACCAUGAUGUAGUAGAAAAAUUGAAAAAGUAUAUGGCAUCAUAUAAAGAACGGGAUGAUAGUACUGAUGACAGUUUAACUGAAUUAACUAGUAUUGAACCACAGGAUAUAGUAUUGGACUGUUAUCCAGAGAUAGUUGAAGCGUUUGAUAACGCUAGAAGUUUGAAAGCAAAAAAACGACCAACUAAGAAAAAGGCAGAAAAUGUAAUUAUUGGGAAAGACAGUGAAAAAGAUAAAAAGGGAAGUAGACUGCCAAAAAAAGGUGGCAAAAAGCCUAUCGAUAUUGAAAAUAAUAGAAGAAUUGAUGAAUUUGUUUCCAAAAAUACUGCUUUAUCGUUGGAAGAAUCAUUUGAAAAAAUGAAUAUUACACCAAAAAGAUCUAAAAUGGUAGAAAAGCAACAGGAAAACCAAAAUUACAGUGUAAAUAUAAAACGUGGACCUCAGUUUGAUAAGGUAUUACAAUUGGAGAAAAUAAAUUCAAAAUUGAAUCGUACAUUGGACAGAAUGUUCAAUGAACUUUCACCGGAUGAUUUUAUUAGCGAUAACGAGGAACAGGAGCUAAAUAUGUCAGAAAUAAUUGAUAACAUAUGCAGCGUGAAAAAAGUUUUUCAGUUUAGUAGUAUAUCUGUGGACGAAACUAAUUCCAAUGUGAAAAGUACUGAAAAUUGCAAUAGGAUGCAGACAGUAAUUAAUAGUGAGGCAGAAUCUAACAAAUGUGAAACAAGUAUUGCAAUUUGUGAUCAGUCUAAUGAUGAAUUUGCUGAUAUAAAGGACUCUUACAUACCACUUAAUCAAAGACUUUUAACACUAAAAAAUAGGAAUGAAUUUCCCUUACAUUCUACAGAGAUAAAUCAAAGAUUUACUUUAGGAUUUGAUGAUCUUAUGAAUGACACUGACCCAUAAAAUACAUAGUUCGUCACUUAGAAUACAAUAUAU